GCCAUGCCGGGCAGGGCCGAGGCAGGGGAGGCCGAGGAGGAGGCCGGGGCCGGCUCGGGGUCCGAGGCGGAGGAGGACGCGCUCUGGGAGCGGAUCGAGGGCGUCCGGCACCGGCUGACGCGCGCCCUGAACCCGGCCAAGCUCACGCCGUAUCUGCGCCAGUGCCGGGUCAUCGACGAGCAGGACGAGGAGGAGGUGCUGAGCACCUACCGCUUCCCGUGCCGCGUCAACCGCACCGGGCGCCUGAUGGACAUCUUGCGCUGCCGUGGCAAGAGGGGCUAUGAGGCCUUCCUGGAAGCCCUGGAGUUCUACUACCCGGAACACUUCACACUGCUCACGGGCCAGGAACCUGCCCAGCGCUGCUCCAUGAUCCUCGAUGAGGAGGGGCCUGAGGGCCUGACCCAGUUCCUGAUGACAGAGGUGCGGAGGCUGCGGGAAGCUCGCAAGAGCCAGCUGCAGCGGGAGCAGCAACUGCAGGCUCGGGGCCGGGUGCUCGAGGAGGAGCGGGCACGGCUGGAGCAGCGGCUGCGGGAGCAGCAGCAGGCACAGGAGCGCUGCCAGCGGCUGCGGGAGGACUGGGAGGCGGGCAGCCUGGAGCUGCUGCGGCUCAAGGAUGAGAACUACAUGAUCGCCAUGCGCCUGGCACAGCUCAGUGAGGAGAAGAACUCGGCUGUGCUGCGUAGCCGUGACCUGCAGCUGGCAGUGGACCAGCUCAAGCUCAAGGUGAGUCGGCUGGAGGAAGAGUGUACACUGCUGCGAAGGGCCAGGGGGCCUGUUCCUGGGACUGAGGAGAAGGAGAAGGAGAAGGAGCCGGACAGUGUGGACCUCGUCUCUGAGCUGCAAGCUGAGAACCAGCGGCUGGCGGCAUCGCUGCAGGAGCUGCAGGAGGCCCUGCAGCAGGAGGCAAGCCGGCCAGGGGCCCCGGGUUCUGAGCGCAUCCUCCUGGACAUCCUGGAGCACGACUGGCGGGAGGCACAGGACAGCAGGCAGGAGCUGUGCCAGAAGCUGCAUGCCGUGCAGGGCGAGCUGCAGUGGGCCGAGGAGCUGCGGGACAAGUACCUGCAAGAGAUGGAGGACCUGCGGCUAAAGCACCGCACACUGCAGAAGGACUGUGACCUGUACAAGCACCGCAUGGCCACUGUCCUGGCCCAGCUGGAGGAGAUUGAGAAGGAGCGGGACCAGGCCAUCCAGAGCCGUGACCGGAUUCAGCUGCAGUACUCCCAGAGCCUCAUCGAGAAGGACCAGUACCGCAAGCAGGUGCGGGGCCUGGAGGCCGAGCGGGAUGAACUACUGACCACACUCACCGGCCUGGAGGGUGCCAAAGCCCUUCUGGAAGCACAGCUGCAGAGGGUCCAGGGCGGUUCCUGCCUCAGGGCCUGUGCCUCCUCCCAUUCUCUGUGCUCCAACCUCAGCAGCACCUGGAGCCUGAGCGAGUUCCCCUCCCCACUGGGAGGCCUGGAAGCAGCUGGGGAGGCAGCUGUCAUGGGGGGAUCUGAGCCCCACACCUCGGAGGAGGCCAUAGACAGCGAGAAGGAGAUCAACCGGCUCUCCAUCCUGCCCUUCCCCCCGAGCGCUGGCUCCAUCCUCCGCCGGCAGCGUGAGGAGGACCCCGCACCCCCUAAGAGGUCCUUCAGCAGCAUGUCGGACAUUACAGGGAGUGUGACACUUAAGCCCUGGUCCCCCGGCCUCUCCUCGUCCUCAUCCUCUGACAGUGUGUGGCCUUUGGGAAAGCCGGAAGGCCUCCUGCCUCGGGGCUGUGGCCUGGACCUUCUCAACAGGUCUUUGGCCAUCCAAGUGUCUGGCUGGAGUCCCCCAGGGGGCCCAGAGCCCCAGGACAAGAGCCCAGAUGGCCUGUCAUUCCUUGGGGACGGAUGGUCAGGGGCCGUGGUGCGGAGGGUGUUGUCUGGUCCUGGGUCAGCCAGGAUGGAACCACGAGAGCCUAGGGUGGAAGCUGCUGGCCUGGAGGGGGCAUGCCUGGAAGCCGAGGCCCAGCAGAGAACCACACUGCACUUCCUGAUGGACUCUAGUGCCUGCCACUCCUUCCAUGAGGCCCUAGACACCUGGGCAAAGGGGCUGGGCACUGAGCCCUUCUACAUUCGAGCCAACCUCACCCUGCCCGAGCGGGCAGAUCCUCAUGCCCUUUGCGUGAAAGCCCAAGAGAUCCUGCGGCUGGUGGACCCAGCAUACAAGCGGCGGCAGGAAUGGUUCUGCACCCGGGUUGACCCCCUCACUCUGCGGGACCUGGACCGGGGCACCGUGCCCAAUUUUCAGAGAGCCCAGCAGCUCCUAGGAGUUCAGGAAAAAUGCCUGCCCUCCAGCCGACACCGAGGCCCCCGCAGUAAUCUAAAGAAGCGAGCCCUGGACCAACUGCGGCUGGUGAGGCCCAAGCCGGUGGGGGGUCCUGCAGGGGACUCCCCGGAGCAGCUGCUGCUGGAGCCCUGCUCAGAGCCAGAGCGGAGCCUCAAACCCUACAGCCUGGUGCGGCCACUGCUGGUGUCUGCCCUGCGGCCCGUGGUGCUGUUGCCUGAGUGCCUGGCGCCUCGGCUCAUUCGCAACCUGCUAGACCUGCCCAGCUCCCGGCUGGACUUCCAAGUGUGCCCAGCAGAAAGCCUCUCUGGGGAGGAACAGUGUGCAUCCUCAGCACCCGGAGCCCCCAAGGCCCGGCCUGCCACCCCUGGACUGGGCAGCAGGAUCCGUGCUAUCCAGGAGUCUGUUGGGAAGAAGCACUGCCUGUUGGAGCUGGGUGUGCGUGGCGUGCGGGAGCUGGUCCAGAAUGAGAUCUAUCCCAUCGUCAUCCACGUGGAGGUGACCGAGAAGAAUGUCCGUGAAGUCAGGGGUCUGCUGGGUCGGCCGGGCUGGCGGGACUCGGAGCUGCUGCGACAGUGCCGCAGCUCGGAGCAGGUGCUCUGGGGGCUGCCGUGCUCCUGGGUGCAGGUGCCUGCCCACGAGUGGGGCCACGCGGAGGAGCUGGCUAAGGUGGUGCGCGGCCGCAUCCUGCAGGAGCAGGCCCGCCUCGUGUGGGUGGAGUGUGGCAGCAGCAGAGGCUGCGGCAGCAGUGAGGCCUGAGCGUCCCACCCCAUGCCUGUGGCUUCCUCUGCACUUCUGAAGCCACUAGCCAGCCGGGAUGCUGUCUGUGGUGGAACGGGCUCUCCCCAUCCUGAGCCUUCCUAGACCCUUGGACUCUCAGACAUGGGGCCCGAGUUUGUCACUGGCUCUGCCGAGCUUGGGGGAGCCCAUGGGGCAGAGCUCCCAGCGCUCCUGUACUUGCUGCUGUGGGCCUUCCCGUCUGUCCCUCUGCAUCUCCAUGUUCCCACUCGUGGGUCUUGUGUGUGUGUCUGCGUCCUCUUCUUAAAUGCAUACCCUGGAAUCUAAGUUCUCUCACCUGUGCACAGGUUUGCACACCCAAGUUCUCACAGGACAGGCUCAGGUCUGUCCUUCCACUGGGGCACACGAGGUAUCCCGUUCCUCAGCCUCUUCUGCUUGUAGGAGCCCCGAGCCUGUCACCGAGUGGCUCUCACCUGUCCACUCACAUUUCUUGUGUUUACUGCCAUGUGUGGACAUCGUGGCUAUCCUUCCCUGAUCCACUGUCUCCUGUACCCUCAUGUCUUCUCCUCACAAGUGUGUCCGUGGUUCUCUCCUGUGUAAAUGCCAUGUCCCCCCCGUGACACUUGGCGCUAACAUGCGUGUGUUCCUGGUAAGCACACCAGGACCACGUUCUCACAGCACCUGCUCCCUGCCCUGCGCCGUGCCUCUCAGAGGGGCAGGGGGAGGGGCUGGCUGCUGUGUCACCAGAAUGUACGGCUCAUGGAGUAUUAAUGGGCCUUUUACACACAGAAGCUGCACAUUAUGGAAAAUUAAACACCGUUUGUCAUAUUCA